AUGGAUCCCAACUCUCUCGUCUCUCACCCGUCCACCGCCGCACAGGCCAAGACGUUUGUGGCUCCAGGCUCCCUCGCGUUCCCAAACAGCGCGGACCUGACCCCACCUUCUUCUGAGAAGAAUGCGCAACAGGAUGCCAACAACGCGAACGGUGUUGCGACUCCUGCGGCUACUCCCGAUACCAAUGGUCAAGUACCCUCUGGGAUCGUGCCGACUCUUCAGAACAUCGUGGCUACCGUCAACCUCUCUGCUCGCCUUGACCUCAAGACGAUUGCUCUGCACGCCCGCAACGCCGAGUACAACCCGAAGCGUUUUGCUGCGGUCAUCAUGCGUAUCCGUGAACCCAAGACGACGGCUCUGGUCUUUGCGAGUGGCAAGAUGGUUGUGACGGGUGCCAAGUCUGAAGAUGAUAGCCGCCUCGCUUCCCGCAAAUAUGCGCGGAUCAUCCAGAAGUUGGGGUUCAAUGCAAAGUUCACCGACUUCAAGAUCCAGAACAUCGUUGGCUCCUGUGACAUCAAGUUCCCCAUUCGCUUGGAGGGUCUUGCCUCACGCCAUCACACCUUCUCAUCUUACGAACCUGAGCUCUUCCCCGGUCUCAUUUACCGCAUGAUGAAGCCCAAGAUUGUCUUGCUCAUCUUCGUCAGCGGCAAAAUUGUGCUCACGGGUGCCAAGGUCCGUGAGGAGAUUUACCAGGCCUUUGAGUUGAUCUACCCUGUCUUGUCCGACUUCCGCAAGUCGUGA